GGGCAGCAGGAGCGGGGUGGGCAGAGGGGAGGAGAGGCGCCCGCGCCGUGCCAUGCCUGGGCAUUGGCCACGGCUGCACCAGCCGCAGCGAGCAGGGCCAGGCGCCGCUCGCUGGCCGCCAGCCGGGGGGAGGGGUCCGGCUCAGUGCGGUCGCGGCGGAGGAGCUGCCGGAGCUGCUGCUUCUGCCGCGAGAGCAGCCGCAGCAGAGGCAGGCGCGGCCGGGGGCGGAAGUCCUUUGUUGCAGCUGCAGCAGCAGGAGGCGGCGGCGGCGGUGGUAGCAGCAGCGCCGGGAGAGCGGCUGGUGGGACCCCCUCCGCGGAGUGCCCCGGUCUGUCCCGCGCCUUGGCCUCGGAAGCCUCGUGCUGAAGGGUUGGAGAGGACUAGCACAGCUCUGCUCAGCCCAGGAUUAGGAGGAUGUUGACAGACUGGAGAGACCUGCAAGGAUCAUAACCAAGUGCAGAAAGCAAGUCAAAUGAGGCAAGGCUGCAGGAACUGGACCCACAGAGCUGCCUUCUACUGAGUCAGACCCUUGGAAGGAGGAGAAGUGGCCUUGUGGUAGCAAGCAUGAGUUGUCCUCUUUACUAAGCAGGGUCUACCCUGGUUGGCAUUUGGAUGGGAGACUACAUGUGAGCACUUUCUAGGGAAAAACAGUGGGUACUCCCUCCCCAAGUUCUCAGAAGUAUCCCACAGCAUACAGGCCCUCUUCUUCUCCCAUUUGGCUCAAGAAGGAUGUGCAUUGAGGAGGUGGUAUUAUCUUCCUGCUACUACAGCACUGUGAUUCAAGCAGAAGAUGGCAAGGACCAGCCACAGCAACUAUGUCCUUCAGCAGCUCAACAACCAAAGAGAGUGGGGAUUUCUUUGUGAUUGUUGCAUUGCAAUUGACGAUAUUUACUUCCAGGCGCACAAAGCUGUCCUGGCCGCCUGCAGCUCAUAUUUUAGGAUGUUUUUCAUGAGCCAACAGCACAGCACAGCACAGUUGAACCUCAGCAACAUGAAGAUUACCGCCGAAUGCUUUGAUCUCAUUUUACAGUUUAUGUACUUAGGGAAAAUCACGACAGCCCCUGCCAACUUUGAGCAGUUCAAAGUGGCCAUGAACUCUCUACAGCUCUACAAUGUGCCAGAAUGUUUAGAAGACAUCCAGGACACAAACUCCUCGGGUUUGCGGUGCUCCUCUUCUGCUUCUAGCACUCAAAAUAGCAAAAUGGUCUUUGGAGUGCGAAUGUACGAAGACGCGCUGGCUAGGAGCGGGAGUGAAGCCAACAGGUGGGGCACAGAGCCGCCAAGUUCGACGGUAAGCACGUCCCAGAGCAGAGAGGCCGACGACGAAGCUUUGCAGCUAAGCAGCAUCCGUGAGCAACCCGUGGAGAGCAGCAGCAAAAGGAGCUCCAUGUCCAAACUCUCGAGCACCAAAGACCGAGUGUCCAAUUCCCGGCGCUUCGGAAGAAGCUUCACCUGCGAUGGUUGUGGCUUCAGCUUCAGCUGCGAGCGGCUGUUGGACGAGCACAUCAUGUCAUGCACGAAUCGGCAUUCGUAUCAGAACGCCCGAUAUUUGGGGGCUGAGAAAACCAGCAGCGAGGGAGGCUCUUCUCCUAAAAUGCCAUCUUCGCUGGACAAAUACAAAGGAGAUGCAAGCCAAACUAGGGAAGGGUCUUCAUCCCCAGCAUCCAACACAACCAGCGGGAAAGGCAGCACCGUCUCACUGGAGCCACUAGGCGAAGAGAGAAGUAGAGCCACCGAGACCAAAAGAGUUAUCGUCAAGAUGGAACCGGAUGAUAACCCUGCCAACGACCUGAAAGAGUUUAACAUUAUUAAAGUGACGGAUGGCAACGAAUCCACCGACAACGAGGAACUAGAUGAUGAUGAGUCGGUUUACAGAUACUACAUUGAGGAGGAAGUCAAUGAAAACCGAAGGGUUAGAAAAGCUCUUUUAAAACCUCAGGUGCCUGCUGAUGGAGAGGCUCUGAAAUAUUUUAGAAGUGCCAGGCUCCUUAACAGUAAAGUCAGUGCUGUCAAGGAAGGCUCGGAAAAUGAGUCCUGUGAAUUGUGCGGACUGACAAUCACGGAGGAAGACCUCUCUUCUCAUUAUUUAUCCAAACACAUAGAAAAUAUAUGCGCGUGUGGGAAAUGUGGCCAGAUAUUGGUCAAAGGCCGACAGUUGCAGGAUCAUGCACAGACCUGUGGAGAGCCCCAAGACCUGACCACCAAUAGCUUGAGGAACACAGAGGAGAAGACUGACUUGGAAGAGAGCCCUGAGGAACAGUCGGAAAUCCGAGAGAUGAUGUACGUGGAGAUGUUAGAUGAGUUUGGGGACAGCCAUUUCCAGAUGAAUAGUCUUCCAAAAAACCAGCUGUACAGGGAUUCGGCUUGCCCUUUCCGGUGUCCUAAUUGCGGCCUGCGUUUUGAAACAGAAAAUUUGGUGGUUGAGCACAUGUCUAGUUGCUUGGAGCAAGAGCUCUUCAAGAAUGCCAUGAUGGAAGAGAACGAAAGAGAUCAUCGACGCAAGCAUUUCUGCAAUCUUUGCGGGAAAGGGUUUUAUCAGCGUUGCCACUUACGGGAGCACUAUACUGUGCACACCAAGGAAAAGCAAUUUGUUUGUCAAACAUGUGGGAAGCAGUUCCUAAGAGAACGUCAGCUGCGCCUUCACAAUGACAUGCACAAAGGUAUGGCCAGGUACAUCUGCUCCAUGUGUGACCAAGGAAACUUCCGGAAACACGAUCAUGUGCGGCACAUGAUCUCUCACCUCUCAGCCGGAGAGACAAUAUGCCAGGUCUGCUUUCAGAUUUUCCCAAAUAAUGAGCAACUUGAACAGCACAUGGAUGUUCACCUGUAUACAUGUGGCGUUUGUGGCGCCAAAUUUAAUCUGAGGAAAGACAUGAGAUCUCACUAUAAUGCCAAGCAUUUGAAAAGAACAUGAGUGUUUUAUGCUUACCAAAAAGGACUAAAGCGAGAGCCAGUGGGACACCAACGCAAGGCACACCGUACUGUAUACACGGAAUUAAUGGCCUGUUUUAAAAUGUCUGGGUUUUUAAAGAGCCUUUAAAUCAUGGACGUCUUUGUUUAGGGUCCUAAAGUACAUGCCAUUGAAAAGCACCAGAUGAUUAAUUAUUGCAUUUUCACUCUUGCCUCAUGUCAGUUUGUGUUUAAUCUCUCCCCUUCCUGCUUUCUUAAAUUGAUGAAUCGUUAUUUUUAAACGCUAGCUUUUAAAAGCACACUGUAGUAUUACCUCUUCACUGGCUUCUAUUAAACAGUUUCUCAGUUCCAUCGA